ACUAGUCAUAUUAUUUAAUCAUUUCAUUAGCAUUUGCUGAUUAUUUUAUUUAUUACAACAUGAAAUGUUAAUUCCUGUUUAAAAAAACGUAAAAGUGAAAAACUUUCUCGGUUUCCGGAGUUGAUGGCCAUGGUGAUAUCCACUUUGCUUUUACUACUUGUUUACUACUUGUCGGUUUUGACAGAAUCUGAACAGCUGGUAAUUUUCAGUUAAUGCUGUUAAUACUAGAGCGAUAAUAACAGAGAUGAAGGUGAGCUGCGGGACAUGGUACUCUUGGUGACAACGGUACUGGCCUGUAGUUGCAGCGCUGAUAUGUCUCUGUUUAAUGGAAAGUUUCUGCUUGAAUCAUAGACUGUAUAAAAAGAACUAGACAAACCUUUGCCCAUCGGUUUUCUGGAGUCUGGAAAGGCUCCAGACAACGUGUUUUACAGAUUUUAUAGUCUGCACUUUCAUCUCUUAGUUGACUGUCUCUUUAUUCUCAGAUCCCUGUUAAAGACUUCAGGAUGGAUUCCAACAUAAAGCAUGCACUACAGGAUCUUUGGGGUGAAUCCUGACAUGGAGCCCAUGGACCAUCGCUCUGAUAUGUUUCUGGACAUUGUGAUCGUGACUCCUGAAGGCAUUGUUUUACCAUCUGAGCCCCUCAGUCUGAAUUCAGGGAUUACAUUUCAGGACUAUUUCCUGCCUGAAAUUGCCAGUUACGGACUGUGGAAAGUGGUGGCAAAGGUCAGCACCAACCCACAAACGAGCUUUGAAGCAAAGUUUGAGGUCAAAGAACAUGUGCCUUCCAGUUUUGAGGUCAAACUAAUCCCUUCAAGGUCCUUCUUCUACGUGGACAGCACAGUGUUCACCGUCAACAUCAGAACUACGUAUGUUUUUGGUGAGGAAGUGGAUGGGACAGCCUAUGCCUUGUUUGGGAUUACAGAUGGUAGAUAUAAAUCAAGCCUUCCAGGGUCUCUCCAGAGAGUUACGAUCGAGAGAGGUGUUGGAGCGGUCACAUUGACGAAGGAGCAGAUAACACAGAGUUUUCCAAACAUUAAUGAACUGUUGGGGAAAUCCAUCUUUGUAGCUGUCACCGUACUGACAGAAAACGGUGGUGAAAUGACAGAGGCCGAGCUGAGCGAUAUCAAGAUAGUUGCAUCACCCUACACCAUCCACUUCAAGAAAACAGUUAAAUAUUUCAAACCAGGAAUGCCCUUUGAUGUGACGAUUAAAGUUGUAAAUCCUGACAACACCCCAGCGCAAAAUGUUGCCGUGGUUGUUGACCCUGGUUCUGUGGCGGAUGUGACGGCAGCCAGUGGCAUGGCAAAGCUCACCAUCAACACAGAUGCACGCUCUGAGACCAUCACCGUUACAGCAAGGACCAAUGAUCUCCAAUUUCCACCUCAGAGGCAAGCAUCAGCCUCCAUGACAGCUCUCUCUUUUCAAACCAAAAGCAACCAUUUUCUUCUCAUAAAUGUAGAUGCAUCCAUAGUGCAAUUAGGAGAAAACGUGAGAGUCAAGCUUUUCCUCAACAGACAGGAAAAUGAAAAAAGAGACAUUACAUAUCUGCUCCUGAGUAGAGGUCAGCUGGUGAAACAUGGCCGAUACCAGAUAAGAGGUCAAGUACUGGUCACCCUGACACUUCACAUUACCAAAGAACUGAUGCCGUCAUUUCGCAUCGUAGCCUACUACCACACAAAUGCCGAUGAAGUGGUAUCAGACUCUGUUUGGGUGGAUGUAAAAGACUCCUGCAUGGGCUCACUCAAGCUGGAACCAGUGAGACCAGCUGCAAACUAUCAACCUCGAAAAGCAUUCCAGGUCAAGAUCACAGGCGAUCCAGGGGCCACAGUGGGACUGGUGGCAGUAGAAAAAAGUGCCUAUGUCCAAAAUGACAAGCUCCACUUCACACAGGAAAAGAUUUGGGAUGUGAUGGAGCAAGGCGACACAGGCUGCUCUCCAGGUGGAGGGAAAGACAGCAUGAAUGUGUUCUAUGACGCUGGUCUGUUGUUCAAAACCAGGAAUGCUUUGGAAACUCCUGACAGAACAGAAUUAAAGUGUUCUACUUCCAGCAGGAAGAAACGAGCUGCCGCUCUAAUUAACAUGAGAACCAGACUGGCAUCUUCUUUCUUUCCAGUAAGUCAUUAUGAAGACAAGGAACAAAGAGAGUGCUGUUUGGAUGGAAUGAGAAAUGUCCUUGUUUCACGCACCUGUGAGAGGCGCAGCGACGACUUCAUACGCGGCUCUGCCUGCACUGAAGCUUUCAUACGCUGCUGCAAGGAAAUGGAACAAAAGCAAGAUGAGACAAGGGGGGGAACUUACUUACUGCCCCGCACCAAGAGAUCUGCGCAAGAAAUGAGGGGAAAGGGAGAUGAUGCUUACAUUGACAGAGACAUAAUUAGAAUUCGGACCCGGUUCUCUGAAAGUUGGCUUUGGGAGAAUGUAAUGCUGAAUGCUUGCCCUCACAGUACUCCUAACUGUGAGUCCACUUCAUUAGUGAAAACUUUUGUGUUGCCUGAUUCAAUGACAACCUGGGAGCUAACUGGCAUUAGCCUGUCAAGAACCCAUGGUAUGUGCGUAUCUGAUCCAUUAGAGAUCAUUACGUGGGAAAAUUUCUUUAUUGAUCUCAGGUUACCAUACUCUGCUGUGCAUGGGGAGCAGGUGGAAAUUAAGGCCAUUCUCCAUAACUACAGCCCUGACCCUAUCAUUGUGCGUGUGGAUAUAAGAGAGGAAUAUGAUGUAUGCAAUGCAGCUUAUAAAAAGGGGAUGUAUAGCCAGGAGGUGCAAGUUGGAGCCCAAACUACUCGAUCAGUUUCAUUUAUCAUUAUUCCAAUGAAGCUGGGAGACGUCCCCGUUGAGAUCACAGCAGCUGUUAAGAACUCGCUCUUCAGUGAUGCAGUCCGGAAGAUGCUGCGCGUGGUGCCUGAAGGAACGCUGGUAAAAUCUGUUAAGAUUGUGAGAAUUGACCCUCUUAAUGAAGGUGUUGAUGGGAGGCAGGUUAUACGUAUCAACAGUGAAAUUCUUCCAUCAAACAUCGCUCCAAACACACCUAUGAGCACAGAAAUCUCUCUGACAGGAAUAGAGCAGAGGCCUUUAUUAUCGAAGGAUGUCAUCAGUGGGAGAUCUGUGGGUACUCUGAUCAGAGACCCCACUGGCUCUGGAGAGGAAAACAUGAUCGCCACGGCCGAGUCUGUCAUCGCAACUGUAUAUUUGGAUAUAACCAAUCAGUGGGAAACUGUAGGCUUCGGGAAACGCAAUGAAGCUGUCCAACACAUAAGGAAAGGUUACCAAAACGAGUUGGUCUACCGUAAAAGUGAUGGGUCUUUUUCUGUUUUACCGAUUUUUCCACACCUCAGCAGCACCUGGCUGACCGCCUUUGUCGCCAAGGUAUUUAGCAAAGCGCACAAUCUGAUAGCGAUGCAAAACCACGUGGUCUGUGACGCCAUCAAGUAUCUCGCGCUAAACACGCAGAGACCUGAUGGUGUUUUUAACGAGCUUGGACGUGUGUUUACCUCAACAAUGACUGGCGAUGUUAGUGGCAUAGAUUCAGACGCCUCCAUGACAGCUUUCUGUGUGAUCGCCAUGCAGGAGUCACGCAGCAUGUGUGAAGCUGAUGUUCAUUCACUUCCAGGGACUAUAGCGUUAGCAGUGAGGUACCUGGAGCAGCGUCUUCCCAGCCUCACCAACCCUUACGCCGUGGCAAUGGUAUCAUACGCCUUGGCCAACGAAAACAAACUGAACCAGGAGAUCCUCUACAAAUUUGCUGCCCCAGAGCGCUCCCACUGGCCCGUACCGAAAGGAACUGCUUACACAUUUGAGGCCACAGCUUAUGCUCUUCUUGCACUUGUCAAAGCAAAGGCUUUUGAAGAAGCCAAACACGUUGUGGCAUGGCUCAGCCAGCAGCAAGGGUUGAAUGGAGACUAUGGAUCAACUCAGGCUACUGUUAUGGUGUACCAGGCUGCAGCGGAGUACUGGAUGAGUGUUGAGGAAUCUGACUAUGAUCUGGAUGUGAACAUCUUCUUACCAUCCAGGUCAAAACCAAACAAGUACAAGUUCAACAGACAAAACCACUACAAGACAAGAAUGUCCAAGUUCAGUGACAUAAACAAGGAUGUGAUUGUGAUUGCCACUGGAACAGGAGAGGCUACGUUAAGGAUGGUGUCGCUAUUUUACGCUCUGCCUCAGGAACAGGAGGGUGAUUGUCAGAAAUUCAAUUUGACACUGCAGCUUAGUCCAGAGAAAAUAAGUGACGAUGAGGAAAUAUACAGUCUGACAAUAAAGGUCUUGUAUAAGGACAAGGAACGGGAUGCAACUAUGUCACUCCUGGAUGUGGGUUUACCAACUGGCUUCACUUUUAACAAAAGGGACCUGGACUCAUUGUCUACAGGAGAUGCACGUGUCAUUUCUAAAUAUAAUCCAAAUUCAGCUCUGUCAGAAAGAGGCUCACUCAUCAUUUACCUGGACAAGGUUUCUCACACAGAGCCAGAAGUGAUCACGUUCAGGAUCCAUCAAGAAAUGAAAGUGCGACUCUUACAACCAACCGCUGUUUCAGUGUAUGAAUACUACGACCAGACGCCAUGUGUGAAAUUCUACCGACCUGCCAGAGGGGAGACCAGGAUGACUCUGUGUAGAGAAAAAGAAUGCAUUUGUGCAGAAGAUAUGUUCUGUGUAUUUCCAGAGAACUGCAGUAUGCAGAAAAAAGAGAAAAUCAGAAAUGAAGAUCGCUUUGCAACGUCUUGCAACACACAUUUUGUUUAUAAAGUAAGGGUGGAAACAUUUGCAGAUGGUUUGUCUGCUGACAUUUACACAAUGCGAAUAAUGGAAGCCAUUAAAGAAGGAAGCACUGAUCUGGGGCCACAAGGAAAACAUCGGACAUUUCUCAGUCAAAAGUACUGCAGAGAAGCUCUGGAUCUAAGAACAAGCCAAACCUACCUGAUCAUGGGUUCAUCCAGAGAUAUUCACAGACACGAGCAAAAUAUUUCGUUCCAAUAUGUGCUCGGUGAGAAAACCUGGGUGGAGUACUGGCCUACAGCUGAGGAGUGUCAGACUGACAAGUACCAACCUACCUGUGAGGGCUUGGAGGACUUGGUCAACAAGCAUAUAAACUUUGGAUGUCAUAGUUAGGGAUGAUGAGAAAUGUGAAGUGCUUUCUUUGGAUUGUUUUUUCUUGCCACAAGUUCAUAUGACAACAUGAAGGCGUUAUAUAGUCAGCGUAUAGCCUUAUUGAUUUAACUCAAGAUUCUCUCAAAAUCUCUUCCAAUGUGUCUGUAAAAAGCAUUUCAAGUAUUUUUCUUUGUUGAUAGAGUGAAGGUCUCGUUACCUUCUUUGCUCCUCUAAGACUAAGUCAAUCAUGGGUUCUGCUUUGGUACCAUAUUAUUAAAAUCACCUGGACUAACACCAUAAUGUUUUUUUCACCUCCUUACAAACACUAAAUUCAUGGGUUUCAGUCACGUGACAUUUUUUGUUGUCAGCGCCAUCUUGAGGACCGACCGAGGACCUUUCCGUCGCGCAGCCAAUAUGACGUCUCACCUAAUAACUCACUUAACUCCCGAAGAACAGCAACAGUAUCUACAGAAAAUUGACACUUUAGGUUUUGAUCCGUAUCUAAUAUCUAAUCAAUUACUGACUCCACUCCAGUCUGCCAAAAACCUGCCAGAUUUGUCGUUUGCGGACAUAUAUAUCUACCUGGUCCACAAUCCUUCUCCAUACACCGGCAAAGCUCUCAAAGCUUUUAAAGUACCAAAGCUUACCGCUACUUCACAUCAUGAUGGGUUUAAGAUGCCAAACUUCAUCAUGUGGAGGCCAAAAAAAUGUUGGUGGUAACAGGAAAGGUAAGUGACAGUCUGGUGAUGAAUAGCAUAAGCAUUGAAUUGCCUGCACAGGAUACGUUUAUGUAAUGAAAAGUAAGAAGGCAGUUCACUUUUUCAGUAACGUUACUACUCUAGAAAGUAAAAGCAUAUCAUCAUGUCACCAUAAAACUUUAUUAAAACAUAAAAUAUAAAAUAUGAUUUAUUAUAUUAUUAAUGCAAAUGUUCAUCUUGCGCUCCCGAUCUCCUGCGCGGUGCGUCCCGUGACGUCUCCAUCACCAAGCGGUUUCCCAAAUCCAAAUCAGCCUGGAUCAGUUCUCGUGUCCUCUGCUUUUUCCCCACAUCUCAGUAAUGAUCUGACAUGCGGGCUGCAUUUAACACCACGAACACGCCGCUCAUUCCACGCUGUUCGCUGUUUGAUUGCGUCACCACACGCAGUUAUUAAUUGUCCCCCCCCCCCCCACUUACAGGACCUUUUCUCUCCCUCCCGUCCGAUGUUCUGGGACCUAUAUAAUAAUAAGAUAUUAUUUAUUUCUGCCACUUUAUUGUGGUUUUUGUGGUGAAAUGAGGAGGAAUCAUAGAUAACUUCUCAUUUCAACUACCGGUAACUGGAUCAGCCGUUCCUCAUCCGUGACUGUUUCCUACAGCGCUUUCAACCGGCUUUCAACACGAGUGAAAGGAAGAAAAUAAAAGAACAUUUAAACAUCACAAUAUCCCACGGCCCACUUAAAGCACUGAUAAAAGGUCAAUCCCGUUUUUUUAGACUUAUUAUUGUCGCAUCCCACGGCACAACAGAUAGACGGCAUGCUGAAAGUCGGUGCUAAAGAUGGCGCUGCGAGUACUGUGUGACGUCACAUGAAAUCGAUGAAUAGCUUCCAUACAUGUUAUGUACAAGCUUUCCGUAUAUACCUGAGGCAUUUGUCAGGGGAAAAAAAGUUAAAGGAUUGUUUAUCAAUAUAUUUGUUUGAAAAACAUCUAUAUUUAUGUGGAAAAUAACCUCCAGAACAAAGUGAGUGUUUGCUACAAAAAUGUAUUGUAUCGGCUUCCUAAGGUCCAAGU